AUGGCCGCCGAAACACCCAUCUCUCCCACCAUUCAACCUCUCCUACGUAUCUCUCUCGACUUGGAGGCUUCCUCCGAUCCAAAAUCAUCACAUGUCUCCUUGCGCCAGCUAGAAGAUGGUGACAUCUCGAUCUUCGGUUCCGAUGAUGAGGAGUUAGGUGCGCGGCCCGGGUUCUGGCGACGGCUAAAAAUGAGCAUUCGAAGGCGGAAUGGGAAGUCGGAGAUUGACGAGGAUUUCGGACGUGUGAGGCUACCGGAUGAAAAGACGCAAUCGAAGAAAUAUCGAUUGAAGAAGAAACAUGCCGCUAGAGCCUGUGUAAUAAUACCAUUGCUGGUGCUCAUCUUCUUUGGUGUCCUACACAUUGUCAAUGUGUUCCUGGGCUAUGUGCCUACCUUCUUGGAUGAUCACAUAGUCUCUACGUUUGACUGGAGCCAACACGACAAGUCGGAUCUGUUGGACGUCACGCGCGACGUUACUCCGGUCCAAUGCCACUCGCAUAAUGACUACUGGCGCAGGGUUCCGCUGUACGACGCCCUACGUUGGGGUUGCACAGGCGUAGAAGCCGAUGUCUGGCUAUUCGACGAGGAGCUGUACGUCGGUCACAACACUAACGCCUUGACGCGUGAUGGCACCUUCACGUCGAUGUAUGUCGAUCCUCUGGUAAAGAUGCUGGACCACAGAAACGAGUUCGGAGACUUUGCGACCACGUCCAGCGUCAAAAAUGGUGUGUUCAUCACUGAGCCUGCACAGACCUUAGUCCUGCUCGUGGAUUUCAAGAACAACGGCCAUGACAUCUUCCCUGUAGUGUCGCAGCAGCUCACCGCGCUACGUGAGAAGGGCUACCUGACCUACUUCGAUGGAAACACCACCAUCGAGGGCGCCAUCACCGUCGUUGCAACUGGCAAUGCGCCUUUUGAUCUCAUCACUGCAAACUCUACCUACCGCGACAUUUUCUUCGACGCCCCUCUAGACAAGCUCGAGGAAGGCACUUCCGUUGGCCAGCGCGGCGGUCAAGGCACGGUCGGCACAACCCCUAGCUCGCACUUCGACAGCACGAACUCCUACUACGCCUCUGUCAACUUUGGUGAAUCGAUCGGUACGUUGUGGUUCGGUCGCAUCACGGAGGCCCAGGUCCUCAAAAUCCGAGCGCAAAUCAAGAGUGCAAAAGAGAGGGGCUUACAGGCGAGAUACUGGAGCGCGCCCAAGUUUCCGAUUGGACUUCGGAACAGAGUAUGGAAGCUGCUUGUUGAAGAGGGUGUCGGGUAUCUGAAUGGAGAUGACCUGCAGGGUAUGACAAGGUUAGAUUGGGGUGUCAAGCGACACUGGGGCUUGAUUGUUUGA